GCAACUAUGCAGUGGAGUAAUGCGGUCUACGAGAUGAAUUUUAGCCGGGCGCAAGGAUAUGGGAAAACUGUUCUGGUUAUCUUUUUCAGUUCGAUCCAUCAAAAUCACAAGCUUUUUCAAUUAACACGCGGGUCGAAUACUUUCCUUCUGAAGAUCUGCAGAAUGUGAAACUACUCUCUUGGGAAUGUGCACAGGCGUGCAACAUGCGUUUUUGAAGUUGACCUAAUAUCUUUUAAAGUGUUAAUUUCCAGUAUACAUUUCCAUCGGUUUUGCACUAUUCAGUUAUUUCAAAAUCUAAGCCAUGGGUUUACUUUUGCUUUUCUGAAUUUGGAUCCACUGGCAAAGUUUCCUCUACCCUCUGAUUCUGCUUGUGUCAUUUAGAGGUAUGUCACCAUCAGAUUAACACUCUCACUAUAAUUGUUAUGCCUUGAAUGAAGUGUCGGGACAGACACUUGUUUUUUUUUUCAUCGUACCUAUGACCUUGGAAUGAACUUGCUACUGACUAAGACCUUUUGAUAAUCGAUCAGUAACUUUCAUUUAUGAUUAAAUGGGUUCAACAUUUCGUACUUCUCGCUGCAAAUAAUGAAUUGCAGUUCAGGUGCCGUGUAUUUUUUUAAAUAUUAGGACUCUAAAUAUGCUCUCUUCUUUGACCUCUAUAAUUCUCAGAAUUCAAUAUGUUUUUAAGUGUUGUUGUUGACUCAACCAUGUCCGCGGCAGUUUUGUUUUCUUUAUUUACCUCUCACCUUGGGCAUUUUCCUCUGAAAGUGAACAAUGACAAUUGAAAUGUUAUGAUUGAAUUUUUUGUACUUGAUUUUCAUCAGGAAUUGCCACUUGUCGAUAUGUCGUAAUAUAAGUGUCAUAAAAUUAACCGUGCACUAACAGUUUUCGUGCACUUAAAGACAGUUGAAGCGAUUAUGUUAAUCUGUGUUUCAGAUGUUUCAAAUUUCCGUUGGAUUGUCUUUUUUAGCGGAUCCGUAUCACAACAAUAAAUAUGCGUCAUUGAUCAAGUGAAAGGUCAGGAUGAUUUGCUGAGAACAGCGAAUGAUUUACUUUGGCUGAAUUCAAGACUUGUGGAGUGGUAAUAUCGUGAUGACAUGCUCUGCGCUCUUGUACCUCAAGUAAAAGCCUGUAAUUGACUUCAGUGAUUAGUGAUACCGCAUUAUAUUUUGAGUAUAGCUUCGUUUCUUAGGUAUUUGAAAACCGUCACCUACAUGUGUUAUUAACGUUUUUUAAAACCAAAUAGCUGCGAUUUCAGUGAGUUGGACCUGAAGGAAUGUAUUCUGGCAUGAUGGCUGAUCGUGGUUUACUUACAGUUAUGAUUUUCGCUACGCUGUCUAUCAGUCAAGGCGUGGAAAAUUGUUCUGAGCCGUGUCUUAUAUACACUGCUGAGAACAGAAUUGACGCCAUUGAGUUAGCUUCCUCCAGAGUGGUCAAACUUGUAUCCAAUCUUACGUUCCCAGUCAAUCUCGAUGUCCAUGUAAGCGAAAGAACACUUUAUUGGAGCGACUCCAAUCAACGGGUCAUCAAACGUAUGAACAUGUCCAGCGGUGUCACCAAGGACAUUAUUACAGAGGACCAUGGAAAUGUCGGCGACCUUGCUGUGGAAUGGGAAAGUCGCUUACUAUACUGGACAGAUACGUUUUACCGCAGGAUUGAAGUUUCUUCGUUAGACGGCUCUAAAAGAAAGGUGCUUUUAGCCGAGUCCUCGAGCUAUCCAGCUGGAAUAGCGGUGCACCCGAAGAAAGGAUGGAUGUUUUGGACAGACGUGGGGCUAACUACCAAGAUUGAACGAGCAAACCUGGCUGGCUUUGAGCGAACUGUCCUGGUCGAUCUCACCAAAUCAUCUCAGUUCUGGCCUUAUGCUAUUUGCGUAGACUAUACCAAUGAUCGCAUCGUUUGGGUUGAUGCCUUUAGUAGUGUAGUUGAGUCGGCUGACUUGCAGGGAGGAAGUCGACGGAUGGUGGCAUCUCAAGUGUCCAUGCAUCCUCGUGACUUGAUUCUCUAUGGCGACACGUUUUACUGGAGCGACUGGAGAGAAGAUGCUAUCGAGAUGCUUAACUGGACAACAGGCGAUUACUUAGGAAACUUCAGCGCUGUGAUUUCCGGCAAUUUUUAUGGUCUCAGUCUACUUGAUAAAUCAAGAGAAGCAGCUUCAGCAGAAAAUCAGCUUUGUAAGAUAGACAACGGCGGCUGUAGUUACUUGUGCCUUUUGACGCCCAACGGAUCUUUGUGCGCCUGUCCUGAUGGCAUUCCUUUGUCGACUGAUGGAAAAGGCUGCCUUCCAGUUUCAGACAUUAAAAGAUUUCUUCUCUUUGCUGAGGGAUCAAACCUCAGACAAAUGGCUUUCAACGCAACGUCGUCGCGCCGAAUCUCUCUGAAAAUACCAGCGUCACAACCUAUAGCACUGGAUUUUGAUUUUGUGGAAGAAAAAGUCUACUGGACAGACGUAUCACUGGGAACAAUUUCCAGGGCGUAUCUCAAUGGAUCAUCUCAGGAGACUGUGGUCACAGGUGGAAUUAAGAGCCCGUAUGGACUUGCUGUAGAUCCGUUUGGUCAGAAUAUUUACUGGACAGACAGUGCGGUGGGAGUUAUUGGUGUAGCAUCCACAGAUGGACACUACAGACGAGUACUCAUUAGUGAUAAUUUGCAAGAUCCAAGGGAUAUCAUCUUGGACGUCACUAGAGGAUACAUAUAUUGGACAGACUGGGGAUGGAACGAAAAGAUUGAGCAAGUUGAUAUGGAUGGCACAAACAGAAGAGUAAUUGUUCGUUUAGGGCUGUUUUAUCCGAACGGUCUUACCCUGGAUUUUCAGAGGAAUUGGUUAUACUGGAUCGAUAAUUUUCGUGGAGAAUUGGAAGUGUACGAGAUUCCCUCCAACACAAGACGAACCAUAAUCAACUCAUAUGGGGAACCAUUUCUUAAAUCUCCACUGGGGCUGACACUAUACGAGAGUCAUUUCUUUUGGACUGAUCAGCGUCUUAAUGGAGUAUAUCAAGCGGACCGAGACACAGGAAGAAACGCUUCAAAAGUCCUAUCUACUUUCUCUCAGCCAGGGUUAAUUCAUGCGUACGAUAAGAACAUGAAUAUUACUCCAGUAACGGAUGAGUGCGCCGACAAAAAUGGUGGAUGCGAUCAGCUCUGCCUACUUUCACCCCGUGGGAAAAAAUGUCUGUGUUCUGUGGGGUUCAAUCUUCAAGAUGACGGAAAAGGUUGUGGAGCUCAAAGAGAGAUCCUGCUUUAUGUAGAUUACUCAACUGACCAUAUAAUGAGGGUCUCUCCGCACGAUUCUGGAUCACGUAAUCGAUUGCCGUUUUCAAACAUCAAUAGUCCUAUCGCGCUGGACUAUGAUAAAGUAGAAGACAGAUUGUAUUGGACUCAGUAUGGGAAGAUCUCCCGCGCAUUUCUUAACGGUUCUUCGCAAGAGAUCAUUACUGACACGAACUUGUAUAACACGUACGGACUAGCUGUGGACAGUGUCGGAAGAAAUCUUUACUGGACCAAUGCAGGAAAAAGUAUGUUGGAAGUCUCUAAACUGGACGGUUCUCGUCGGAUGGCUCUUAUGACACAUAACAUAAAUCAACCCAGGGACAUAAUUUUGGAUGUUUAUAAGGGAGUGAUGUACUGGACAAACCAGGGGAGUAACCCAAAAAUCGAGAAGGCUGAAAUGACAGGUAGAAAACGUGUCGUUAUCGUUAACUCAGGACUGUCUCGGCCAAACGGUCUCACACUUGACAGAAAGAGAAACCGCUUGUAUUGGCUCGAUGGUGGAUACCGAAAUUUAGAAUAUCUGGAUUUUAAUCAAAAUAAGAGAGUGGUGCUAUUAAGCCAUUCUUACAACCUAUAUUAUUCCUUUGGUUUAACUAUUCUCGGAGAUUACUUGUACUGGACCUCGACCUGGUAUAGUUCAAGGGGUGUUUAUCGAGCCGAUAAAGAGACUGGUAAUGGUAUUACCAAGUUCAUCAGCAGCACUGGAUGGCUUCAGGGCAUUCGUGGAUACAACCUUAGUGAGCCCUUUACAACAGGAAACUCUUCUUGCCUUGGCAAUUGCAGUCAUAUUUGUUUGUUGUCUCCUAAUGGAAGUGAAUGCGCAUGCCCGGGUCAUUUUACCCUUGGAGAAGAUGGGAAAACAUGUGAACAUGACAUUCCUGAGAAGAUACUACUUUUCGCUGAUGCUAGUCGGAGUCAAAUAUAUACAUUGUCUCUAGACGAAUCAAACACGAGCGCCAAAUUAUUACCUAUGACACAUCAGAUGUAUUAUCCUGUGGCACUUGAUUUCGACAUUACAGAAGAUAGAAUAUAUUGGACGGAAUCAUCUUGGCCGACUACAAUAUCUAGGGUGUUCAUUAAUGGGUCGUCGCCAGAGACUGUCAUUUCUAAAGGUGUUAAAUAUCCCUAUGGGCUGGCGGUUGAUCCAGUGGGAAGAAACAUCUAUUGGACUGAUCGUGCCCUCGGCAAAAUUGAAGUUAGCAGAAUGGAUGGAUCAAUACGAAAAACUCUGAUUUCCCGAGAUCUAGAUAGUCCAAGAGAUAUAAUCGUGGAUCUCGACGGAGGUUUGAUGUAUUGGUCCGACUGGGGUACAAGCCACAAAAUUGAGGUCGCUGGUAUGGAUGGAAAUAACAGAAGUACACUUGUUAAAAGAGGGCUUUACUCGCCAAACGGGCUAACUUUGGAUAGUGCAAAUAAGAGACUGUACUGGGUAGACGCAUGGUUCCACGUGUUGGAAUACUACGACUUAGAGCGUCAUACGAUUACAACAGUGCUUCAAGACAGAAAUAUUUUAUGGAACCCAUUUGGUUUGACAUUAUUCGAAGAUUACAUUUACUGGACCGAUUCAAGUCUGGGUGUUGUUUACCAGGCGCCAAAAGACUCUCCGUCAAACGCAACGGCCCUCGUUAACAGUUUAUGGAGUCCAAGGGAUAUACAUGCGUAUGACAGGAAUCAGUCUUUACCAGACCAUCCCUGUUCCUUGUCCUUUGGUGGAUGUUCCCAUCUCUGCCUUCUGAGACCAAAUGGAUACAAAUGUGCAUGCCCUGAUAAUCUCAAAUUGUCGAAAGAUGAGAAAACAUGCAUCCCACAAACAUACAUUUUCCAGAAAUUUCUGCUGUUUGCUGAUUCUUGGCAUGCACAAAUAUUCAUUCUCGAUUUGGAUGAUUCCAAUCUUUUGGUCAAAGUUCUGCCGAUAGGAGCCUUCAUGUAUAGACCACAUGCACUUGGAAUGGACAUUGCAGACAAUAGAGUCUACUGGACAGACGUUAGCCUAAACAGUAUCAGGAGGGCAUUCAUCAAUGGAACAUCACCAGAAGUUGUCGUUUCUGUAAACGUGUCUAACCCUGCUGGACUUGCUGUCGACCCAGUGGGAGGAAACAUCUAUUGGAGUGACACUGUCACCAAAAGGAUCGAAGUCAGCAGAAUGGACGGAGCCAUGAGGAAGGUAUUGAUAGACAAGGAUCUAGACCAACCAAGGGAUAUAGUUCUUGAUACUUCCAAAGGGUUUAUAUACUGGUGUGAUAGGGGUACCGUGCCUAAGAUUGAAACGGCUAACAUGGACGGAAGUAGUCGGCGAAUAUUGGUCAAAAGAGCAUUAUACUGGCCAAGCGGUCUCACUUUAGAUGAAGCAAAUAAUCGGCUCUACUGGGUAGACUCAUACCUUCAAAUUUUUGAAUACUAUGAUUUUAAACGUCAUACUGUAACAACUGUGAUCAAAGAUGGAUAUAAACUGCCUUAUCCAUUCGGUUUGACGCUGCUCGAAAGUCACUUGUAUUGGACGGAUUGGAGCUCACGCGUUGUUUAUCGAGCGGAACAGAAGACACUUUCAAAUAGGACAGUUGUUGUCAGUGGCCUUGGUCAACCCAUGGAUAUACACGCGUAUGACAGAAGCAAACUUCUCCCAGCAGAUCACCCUUGUUCUAAGUCCUAUGGUGGGUGUUCUCACUUGUGCCUUUUAAGACCGGAUGGUUAUAGGUGCUCCUGUCCAGACUAACUGCAACCCAGUGAAAAUUGCUCUACUUCUGUCCACCUCUAUUCUCCACCUUCUUCAAGUGCGCCUCAAGCCACAACUUUACCGACCACCACUCAGCAGUCAUCCACCAGACACCAAUCGACU